AUGGGCUGUGCGACGCCCCGAGGUGUGGACCGCGCCGCGGCAGGGACUCGGCUCCGAUUCCAGCUCCUGCAGGUGACAAUGCUUCCCUUGGCCUUGGUUCUCUCCGUGGUGCUCCCGCCCAUGGAUAGCAACGUCACCAAUGUCACCACUGCUGGCCAAAGUCACUGGACCUACAGUUUGGUAUGCCAUGACUGUGCAGCUAUAAACGACUUCAACUGUGGAAACCAAAGGGUGUGCCCUUACGAAAUCCGGCGCUGUCUGACCAUCGCCAUCCGUGUGAACUCACGUGAACUACUUAUUUACAAGAACUGUACAAAUAACUGCACAUUUUUAUAUCCAUCUGAAGUGCCUCCUGCAGCCCCCAAAAAAGCCUUCAAAACAAACAGUUUCUAUUUCGUUCGUUGUUGUGGUGCCAUGCGUUGCAAUGAAGGAGGCCCUACUAAUACCGAGAGGGACUUGUUACCUGAUUAUACAAUUGAGGAAGAGCUGACAGAAGGAACUGUGCACUUGCGAGAGUCAAAGUUUUUACUAAGCUUUGCCGCCACCAUCUCUAUCAUAGUCAGCAGUACCCUGACAGGAGACCCUCCUUGGAGGGCUUGAUCUUCCCCAUUCCUCUGAGCAGUUUACUCUCCACUCUUCCCUUGAGAACCAGAGGUCCCUCUCCGUGGGCCUUCAUUUGGUCCAUUGACGGUUUAAG